AUGCCCAGGCGAAGACCCCCUGGUAACCCUAAGCCUGUACAGCGUCGUACGCGUUCAGGAUGCCAGACAUGCCGUACCCGUAAGGUGAAAUGCGACGAAGCGAAGCCAGCAUGUCGAAAUUGCAUCACAAGGGGUGUGGAGUGCAAUAAUUCCAUUCAAUUAAAAUGGGAGUCCGAGUUUGCAGCGCGUGGUGCGUCGUUCGGCAGAGAGGGUGUUUGGGCAAAAGAGGAUAGACCAAGACAGCGAAACCCUGUUGCUCACUCGCCUACGCUUUUGGUUCUGCCUUCAAUUGAACCGAGGCACUUUAUCAAUACUUAUCAUAGCGACUUUACGGGAAACCCAAAUCUGGAAAAGAGUCUUGUUAGAGAGGCUAUGCAGCUUAGGGAGGAGGCUGCAUGUGGUGGAUCAACUGCUCUUACUCAUCGAUCUCCAUCAGCUUCGCCGAGUCUAAAACCAUCCAUAUCUUCUUUUCCUACCCUAAACACACAUCAACGAAACCUUUUUGAAUACUAUCUCCUCCGACUGUGUCCUCUCACAACACCAUCUUCACAACUUUCCUCUCCGUUUGCGAGUUUGGUUGCUCCUCUGUUCACAAAUUCUGGUCAAGACCUUCUCGUCCAAUCCGUUCUGGCAUUUGCUGCUCGUCACAGAAGUAUCAAAGAUCCGUCAUGGGAACGAUCAGCUAUGAGGAUGAAAGGCAACGCGCUUACUGGCCUUCUUAAAAAGGUUCGAUCUCCUGAUGUCACUGCAGACAUCAUCCUUGAUCCACAAGUCCCGGCAAUCAUGAUGUUCCUCUGUCUGUACGAAAUCAUUGACAACGGGGACUACCGCUGGGUGUUUCACCUCCGAGCGAGUCAGAACUUUAUGAGAAAACGACGGCAGCUUGCGCUUCCUUCCAGUGAUAACACCGGGUUUGGAAGUCUUGCCGUCUUCGCGGAGCGGUAUUUUGCCUUCCAGGAUGUCAUCAGCCGAACUGCUUGCGGAAACCCUCCCAUUUUCGGGUUGGAGUAUUGGCAAAGACCUGACCACAGAGAAGAUAUUGACGCCUGGAUGGGAUGCAGUCCAGCGAUGGCUUCUGUCAUCUUUAAGAUUACCGACCUUGCUCGAACAAGGAACAAAGAUCAGAGUAGCCAGAAGGAAUAUCAUCUUCAAGUUGAGGAUCUCGAAAAGGAACUUGCGUCGGUCAGCUCCAACAUUACUGCUGCCGAGACCAUGGACGAAAAUGUCCGACGAAGCGUCGAUCUGAAAAAGACUUCAGUGCAACUUUAUUUCCACUGUCUUCUCAGGGACGGAGAUCCCUCAACGCCACAAGUCGCGCGCCUUGUCACGGAGGUCUUACAGUCUAUCCACAGCCUCAUACAACGUGGCAGCGCAGCAGGACUAUCGUUUCCGUUAUUCGUUGCGGCCGUGCAGCUGGAUCCGCUACGAGAUGACGAGACAUUCUUCCAUGAAAUUCUGGGAACAUAUCUAUCUGGAAGACAGAUGGUUUUGGAGGUUCUGGAUGCCAUGGUCGAUUCGUCGUUAGCGAAUAUUGAGCGGACAAAGGCUGUCAUUCUCAAGGUCUGGAGGAUGAGGGACUUGCAUACUCAGAGCGAGUCUCCUUCUGUGGGUAUGGGGGAUGUUACUGAUUGGAGUUAUUUUGUAUCUCCGUUCACUCAGAACUUGAACUUGGCGUAG